UUAAAUUAAGAAGCAGAUGAACAUUUUCAGUUUCACCCCUCUUCAUAUGUCUUCGAUAUUUUCAGACAAUGGCUAACGACAGAAAGAGUCAGCAGUUGAUGUCGAUGCAGCUGUCUCGAGUACUGGACGAUAUUGGGGUCAGUUGGUGGAUGGUCGCUAGGAGGAGGAGGGCAGCACUCAGGCGGGAGGCAAUGUUAAACAUAAAUAGUUCAAAUUCCAACAAAUACAUUUUUGGCAGCCAAACAGAGGGCACAACUACGACUGAAAUGAAUUCAGAUGAAGACUGGUGUCAACUAAAUAAAAAAAUGAAUGCAGUUCUUGACCUGAACGAGUGGAAACAAGGUGUGUUAAAUAAUCUUGUAGUAAAAAAUGAUCAAACACCACCUCAACACUGCUGUCUUCAGAGGUUAAGUUCUAAUAGUCCUAUACCUUUUGAAAGUAUCGCAUCAUCAGAUGAUGUGGUUGAUGUUGAGGGAAGAGUACUGAUGUCCAAUACCUUUUUCGAUAAUCAGAUUGUUGAAGCAGUUGGGAAGAUAACUUACCAUGGUCCAUCAAGGCACUUUGGACAUGAACAUUAUGACGCAGUGUUCGCAAUUACAUUUAAACAAAUUCCUGAUGAAUGCAAGUUCCUAUUUCAAAGACCACGUCCUGGACACUGGCCAAGAAAAGAAAUCUUAGCUGAAGCCCUACAAACAGGGGUGUUCCUUGUUCCACAGGGCUUCUCUGAGAGCCCACAUAAGCCCCGCAACGCAGGACCCCAAGGUUCUCCUGAUGGCAACCGGCUUUGGAGAUUCUCCACACCAAGAAUGGAAAGGCUGCUUAUGUUUGACUUAAGCGCUGUGCAAAUCAAGGUUUAUGUAACCCUCAAAAUAUUAAGAAAGUCAUACUUUAAGCCAGUUUUUGGAGACAGAUUUAGUACAUUUCACUUGAAGACUGCCAUUUUGUUCACAUUAGAGAGUUACCCUUCUUCAAUAUGGACGGAUGAUAAUCUCAUACAAUGUUUGAUCUACUGUCUGACAACACUUGUAAGGUGGGCGAGGGUCAAGUACUGCCCCCACUACACUAUAGCAGACGUGAAUCUCUUUACCGGAAAACUUUACAAACAUGAGAUUAUUAAACUAGAAAACAUGAUCAACAGGAUGGUAAAUUUUAUGCCUUCAUAUCUUUUCUUUAUAGAAAUGGAUUCAAUUGGUUCAAGAAUGAAAACGCUGAACUUGGGCAUACAAUCUGAAAAUCUACUUUCAAAGAAGCAAAUGUUAAAAGAAAUCAUUAUUGCAUUGCUAAAUAAGGACAAGAAAAAAAGUAUUUCAGAGCUUGUAAAUAGUAACACUGAUACAAAUUAUGACACAUACACACAGUCUCUUACUGAUAUUCGGCUUGGUCUAAAUGAUCAGCUUAAUAAUCACGGUACUGAAAUAGAAAAGGAAGUGGCUGCUAAUGUGUUAUCUCAUGUAUGUAACACUCUUUCCACUGUCAAAGCCUCCAGGUGUAUACAGGAAAGACAUCCAAUCACAAAGGACAUUCUUGAUUGCUUUCAAAUGUCACUGGACUCUGACUUGUCCUGCAGACUGAAAUUUGCCUCCAUGUUGUAUUGCAGUGGGCAGUAUCACAGGGCAGCAGAUGAGCUAACUGACUGUGAGGGACUUCUAGGAUCUGCAUUGUGGCAGUGUUGUACUUGUAAAGGGAGACCACGCAUUAAAGCGUCAGAUGUGUUUCUUGAAAAAGCAUUGGUCACUUCAUACAGUGAUAUGAUUAUAAAGUAUGUAUGUUUGUGUGUUACCUUCAACUGCCAUGAAUUACAUUGCACACCACCUCAUCUGCGGUAUGAAAUGUACAGAAAAUUUACAGAGGCAGACUUACAGACUAGACAUGAACAUCAGACCUGGAUGGAUACAGUUGUGGUUGAUCCAAUACCAUUUUUCCACUACCUGCAGUUUCUCACAUAUAGACAUUUGAACGAACAUCAAGCAAUACUUGAAAGCCUAAGUAAGCUGCAGGAAUAUUUAUUUAAAGAAGGUGAUCACAAUGGUCAUAUUGAGACAGUUUGGAACAUGAUAGGCCACUGCUUUGAGCUGUAUGAUAGAUUUGACGAUGCCUUGACCUUCUAUACUAGAUCACUUCAGCUGUACCCAACCAACAAUGCUGCUAUUUGGCAUAUUGCUAUUAUUGUUUUUCACAAAUGGACAGAAAUUACAGGGUCAUUCCAAUCGUGCACCCAGAGCUUACGGAGUGCUCAGAACUGCAAAGGAACAACCCAGAACCAUGUCCUGCACUCGCGUUGCGCACCCAGAAAAAAACCGAGGCUAGCACUGGUAAACAUGACCAAACUUCGAUAAAAAAACCGAACUCAGUGAGGUAAAUAUAUAGUACCAUUAUGAAAGAGCAUAGCAUUUUAAAAUUUAUAAUGAAGAAAAAAUAAACACACAAGCAAUA